AGGGCCCAGCGCAGUAAGACUUCAGUAUUCCUCGCUUUCUCCUGCGUUGCGUGUUGAAAGAAAAACAGACGCGAUGCCUGAUCCAGCGAAAUCUGCGCCUGCUCCGAAAAAAGGCUCUAAGAAAGCUGUUACGAAGACUCAGAAAAAAGACGGGAAGAAGCGCAAGAAGAGCAGAAAGGAAAGCUACGCGAUCUAUGUGUACAAGGUACUGAAGCAGGUGCAUCCAGACACUGGCAUUUCCUCCAAGGCCAUGGGCAUCAUGAACUCGUUUGUCAAUGAUAUCUUUGAGCGCAUUGCCGGGGAAGCUUCACGCCUAGCCCAUUACAACAAGCGCUCCACUAUCACUUCUCGGGAGAUUCAGACUGCUGUACGCCUCCUCCUUCCUGGAGAGCUGGCCAAGCACGCUGUGUCAGAGGGCACCAAGGCUGUUACCAAGUACACCAGCGCCAAGUAAAGUUCUCUUUGUUCUCUCUU